AUGACGUGUAGAAAUCUUACGUACACAAUCCUACUAGUAGCUAUUUUAGCCUUCUCAUGCCUUGGCCAGGAAACUAAUACUGCUUAAACAGACAAUACCACCGUAGUCUCAAACAGCACCUCAUCUUCAAAUGAUACAGCAGUCAACUCCUACUGGGAAGAUUUCUAAAUAGGAGCAUCUCAGAGCUUCAUCAUCAUAUUUUUGGCUGAACUAGGAGAUCGUACAUUCAUUAUGGUAACAUUGCUGUCAUCGCAACUAAACAAGUUCUCAUUGUUUUUGGCAGCCUCAAUGGUAAUGACUAUUAUGCAUACCAUUUCAACCCUGAUUGGAGCAUUUUUUGCUUAUCUCAUACCAAAGAUAGUUGUCUCAUAUCUUGUAAUUGCGCUCUUCUUAGGAUUUGGAUUUAUGAUGUUAUACAAGGGCUGUAAACCUAAAUCAGAAGCUGAUGAGGAAGAGGACGAAAAGGCAGAAAUUAUAGAGUAGUUAGAAAAAAUGAACAUCCUUAAAGACAAGUAAGAACCAUUACUAGAGGGAUAAAAGAAGAUUCAUGACUAAGAAAAGCAACCAGCAAAGAAAGAGUAAAGCUUGGCUUGGUAUCAGAGAUCUACAUGGGGAUUCCUUAUCUUUUCACUUAUGUGCCAAGAGUGGGGAGAUGUCUCUUAAGUAGCAGCUAUUGGACUUGCUGCCAAGUAUGGUACUCUAGGUAUUAUACUCGGAGGGUCAGUUGCACACAUUCUCUGCAUUUUAGUUGCUCUCCUUCUUGGAGUUGUCGUCGAAAAGUUCUGUAACGAAAGAUGGCUUAGUAUUUUCUCAGGUAUGUUAUUCCUGUCAUUUGCUACUAUGGAAAUCAUCAAAGUGGCUACUGGAAGUGUCUGA